AUGGCUAAGAAACGGCUGGAUACCACGUUGAAGAAGAUAAACAAAGAUGGAUAUCUUGAAGCCUACGGCCAAAUAUUUAAAGAAUGGCUGGAUGAAAAUAUAAUUGAGGAAGUGUUCGAGGAGCAGCCGAACCGAGGUCAUUAUUUACCCCACAGGCCGGUAAUUAAGCCUAAUAGCGCGUCCACAAAAAUCAGACCAGUUUUUGACGCUUCAGCGAAAGAAAAAGACAAACCUUCUUUAAACCAGUGCCUUGAAAAGGGGGUUAACUUGAUUGAAUUGAUUCCUGCUAUUUUAUUAAGAUUCAGACGACAAGAAAUCGGUGUAAUCUCAGAUAUUCGCAAAGCCUUUUUACAGAUUGGGAUACACAAAGCUGACAGAGAUUUUCUUCGUUUUCUUUGGAUAGAUGAUGCAGGGAAAGAAAAGGUGUACCGCCACUGUCGUGUGGUAUUCGGGAUUAGCAGUCGUCCGUUUUUAUUAGGAGCUUCACCUUCACUAGAACAUCAUUUUUCCUUGAUGUUAACAAGAUGUGCGUCAAAACUGCUGAAUGUUUCGGAAGACAUUAUUUUAAAAUUGUCGCAUAGUUUUUACGUUGACAAUUGCGUUACUAGUGUUGCUAAUGAACAGGAGCUGCGAAUUUUUAUAGAAGAGUCGAAUAUAAUAAUGGCUGAAGGCAAGUUUGAUCUCAGAGGGUGGGAGUAUACAGGCCAAUCCCCCGAUGACACUAUUGAUGCCUCGACCCAAGUCUUGGAAAUAAAAUGGAACAAGAUAGAUGAAACAUACGACAAGAGGAUGAAAAUACAGACCUACCUUUUGAUAAAGCUAUAA